CUGUGGUGCUCGGCGAAGUGUCAGAAGUAUGAAUGCCCUGACUUCUGCAUAGGCAGUGUCACCCUAAGUGCAGCAAACAGAUUGACCAUGCAGCGCCUUUGAACACAAACUCACUUCCUUGACAACUUCCUUCGCAAUAGCUCUGCUCCACUAAGCGCAAGAAGUAUGAAAGCCCUGACGUCUUUAGUGGCUGUAUCACGGUAAAUUAUGUACGGCCACUUCAGACGUCGGAUUGGUCAUGCAGAGCCCUACAACAUUUAGGAGCUGCACAGCGAUGCAGUACAGAGCACAAUUUGGCCUCUGCAUGCCACUGGAAGCUUCGCAAUUGCGUCACACCCUCCAAAUGGAGUCUCCGGACACAUUUACAGAUGAAGCAUACAUUUGCUCUUAAUCCUCCUGUAGGGCCCAUUGCGACCAGCACUAGCAGGUCAAUGUACGACUAAAAUGAACGAGUCACUCAGAAAAAUGAAUCAUGACUCUCGAGUCAGUAAAAAUAGUUGUUCAAAAGGAACGAAUCGUUUGCGAAUUGUACAUCACUACACACAGCACUCUGAGAUUGAUUGCCCACAAGAGCGCACUCACCGCAUCCAAGUUAGGAAACGCAAGCCCACCCACUGGAACCAAUUUCGGCUACUGGACGCUUACUGGUGAUAUUACUGCUUCCACUAUACUUUAUCAGGCGUGAAUUAAAGUCUAGCCUAACCUUACACCUGGGUAAUAUUUUUUUGGAGACACAGUAACCUUUUGAUGGAGUUUAUGGAAGAUGCAAUCGUUUGUUCUCCUCGCUUCUCUAUGUGGAUGCGUCCUCUGCUCAGGCUGGCCUUUUCAGAUGCAGUGUUACCACUGUGAAGAGACUCUGUUGGACAAUGACUGUUCAGCUCCAAAGUUCAUUGUCAACUGCACAGCAAACAUCCAGAAUGCCUGUCAGAAGGAGGUGAUUGUGGGUGAAAAUGGUGUGUCCUACAGGAAGACCUGUGCCUCUUUCUCCACCUGUCUGAUCGUAUCAGCAGGGUAUCAGUCCUUCUGCGUCCCGGGUCGGGUGGGCUCUGUGUGCAUCAGCUGCUGUAACACCCCCCUCUGCAACGGACCCCGCCCCCCCAGGAUUUCCCUGGCCCCCACACAUCCUCCCACUAGACCCACUACUCUCCUCAUCAUCACUGUUGCCAUGGGAACACUUCCCUGAUGUGGACACUAGUACUGGCUGGAUUGGAUAGAAGGUUCUCAGAUGUGGAGAUGCCUUGCGUUGGAGCCAACAGACACUGCCCUGAGAGAUGACUGGAAAAACGAGGUCUACUGUGGACAGAGAUUCUACAAUCUACCAACAGGGCUGACUGACACAUAUGGCUCCAUUGACCAAAAAGAGUGACAAACAUAAGUGAAAUUUGUCUACAAAGAUAACAUAUAUAAUUGUUUUAAGAUGCUCAAGCCAUGGAUCAUUAAGCAAUUUGAUUUUGAAUUUUAGUACCACUAUGUAUCAAAAAAUAUAUUAAAAAAAGAAAAUAUUGAAUUUGGCCUUUACUACUAUAGCCCAUAGAAACACAUUGAAUAAUACAUUCAGACAUGGCAAAAAAAAUUAGCAUAUUAGUUUGUUGUCCAAACAGUUUGGACGGUAGAGACAGAAGUUGCCACAUCGGCGGUACUGACUUCAGGCGAGUCCCACAGGACUCUUUCCUUAGUGGUCAAAAUAGUUAAAGGCCAAACUGUUAGGAUGCUACAGAGGUUUUCGUGAGAAUACCGACUUUUGGGAUGUCUCCUGAUGUCUCCACUUUCCACCGCAGAUUUGGAAGGCUGACAAAGAUGAGAUGAAGCCCAUGCAAAAAAAAUGUAUCUUAAACUGACAGAUUUUGAUGGGGAUGUUUUUAUCAUGUUAAUUAGAUUGAUGCACAGGUGCGUCAAUAGACUAAGGAUUAAAAAACCCUUGGGAUGUGUGUGAUACUUUGCAACCCAUAAAAAAUAAUGAACAUAAAUUACAAGUCCCAUUGAUUUAAACUUUAUUUUAACACAUUUUUAUUCUUACAUUAAUUUAGCAGAUUUACAACAGCAAUUGUUGCAGAAAAGCAAAAGUUUUCACAGUAUAAGAGAGCAGUUGUUUAAUUUUUGAAACCGUAAAAUCAUCAGAUGAGAAGUAAUAGUUUGGUAAACCUGUAUUGUUAUUGGCACUAAGAAAAUAAAGCCUAGCAGGGAGGAUCUUUGACUGUUUAAUUUCAUUCAACCAAUGUUGAAAACCUAGGGAAUAUGACACAUAUCAGAAUGGAAACUGUUAAUUUCCCUGCAUCUUGAUUCCCCUGAACAUCAAGGAAGAAACAUUCGUAACAGCUCAUCCUUUAGCCAAGGACACAUAAUUAAUGGGUAGAAGAGGACUAGUUCUGACUGGUAAUUGGAUGCUAUGCCAUGUGCUUCAGUGACUGAAUUGACUGGAAUAGUUUGAAUUUGGCAGAAAUGCCAUACCUUCUCAAUUAAUCCCAUAACCCCUGUCACAAGAGAUUACUUCUCAAUUAAACUAAGUGCACCUUGUAAAUCAA